UAAAUACUGAUAGUUUCUGUUCCCAUCAUCAGUCUCUCUGGAAACCAACAACCAGUUCCUGCAAAAACAUGUUUUUCUUCAGCACCACACUCUUCUGUCUGACCAUCCUUUUAAUUUUUCUAGUGCUGGCAGUAACCUGUCUGCUUGUAAGAGCAGGUUUCAUUGAAGAGAAAGUUACCACCUGUAGCCCAGACACUGUACUUCGCCUGAGCUGUGAUUCAGAUAGCGUUAUCAGAGUUGCGACAUCAUUUUAUGGACGUAUGGACAAUGUGACCUGUGUUGAGGGAAAACGUCCAGAUGAGAUUUCUGACACAGGCUGCUCUCUGGUGAGCGCUACUGAUGUUGUGAAGAAAAGAUGUGAUGGAAAAAAGGUGUGUGAACUGAGCGCAGAGGUCUUCAAAGAAUCUGAUCCCUGCAUUGGCACUGCAAAAUACCUACAUACCACUUUCACCUGCCUCCCAGCAUUUCACCGUGUGACAUGUGAACACUCUUUUGCACACCUGCACUGUGAUGAAGGGCAGGUUAUCUUUGUCUAUGGGGCUGAUUAUGGACGCCGAGACAAAGCCACAUGUGUGUAUGAUCGACCUGCCUCUCAGAUCCAAAACACUGCUUGCUCAAGCCCCACAAACAAAGUAGCAGACAGCUGCAAUGGGAAAAACAGCUGUAUCAUUAAAGCAAGCAACUCUGUGUUUGGAGAUCCCUGCUACGGCACUUAUAAGUACCUAGAGAUGGCUUAUACGUGUCAGUAUCCUGAGGUCAGCCAAGAUGAAUCUGUAAGAAACACACAGAAGUGCCCCUUUCUCUAUCACCAUCAGUCUUGCCUUCACAGGAGUGGAUCUUCUGAGACCAUGCUACACUUCAGACUCAGCAGUGGACUGUUGCUUACAGCAACAUGUUUGCUCAUGGCAUCAGUUGCUUCCACAGAGAGAGUCAUAAGCUGUGAUAACAACGACAGUAUCCAUCGUUUGAGCUGUGAUAAUGGAGUGAUUGAUGUGCAGUCAGCUCUGUAUGGACGUACAAACCGUGAGACCUGCAGUCAGGGCAGGCCUCCGCAGCAACUUAGCAAUACUAGCUGCUCUCAAAAAGGCACAGUGAAUGCCCUCAAGAAAAGGUGCAAUGGGAUGAAGGUGUGUGAGAUCAAUACAAGUCUUUUUCAUACCUCUGAUCCCUGCGUUGGUACCUUCAAGUAUGUGGACACCAACUACACCUGCUUACCAGCAAAUCACAUCAUUUCGUGUGAGCACUCUUCUAUAGAUUUGUACUGUGAUAAAGGCCAGACUAUAUUUGUCUACGGUGCCAACUAUGGACGCACUGACCAGACCACCUGCAUUAACAACCGUCCUGCCUCUCAGAUUCAAAAUAUUUACUGCAGUAACCCCACAACAAAAGUUGCUGACAUGUGCAAUGGAAAAAACCGCUGUACCAUCACAGCUAGCAACUCAGUGUUUGGAGAUCCCUGUGUUGGCACAUUCAAGUACCUGGAGGUGGCUCACGUUUGUGCAUAUCACUGACUUGCUCCAGGAGAGUUUCAGGAAGCACU